AUGCCGGGGGACACGGCGUCGCCCCCUCCGCGGAGCAAAUCGGCUCUCGCGCACCUGCACGACUGGGGCUCGUCGUCGCUGCCGCCCGCCCUCCUGGCGACGCUGGUCACGGCCCUGCACGCCCGUCCCCUGCAGGCCUUCCCGCUGCUCGUCUUCGUCCCUCCGCUCCUCUUCUCCUCGUACCUCAACCUGUCCGGGUACCCGACCGGCAGCGCGGGCCUCUCCGCCGCCUGGUCCGGCCUGUACGCCCUGCUGGCGCUGCGCAGACGCCAGCCCCUGCGGAGCAAGGUUUCCGCGAGGGGCCUGGUGCGAGGAUCGGCGGUCGCGCUGGGCGGCGGCAACGCCGUUGCCGGCGGCUGGGUGUAUUUCAUGGGCGACUUCCGGCGAGACGAGGAGGAGCGGCUGAGGCGCAACAGAUGGGGGGGUGGGGGGUGA